CUCGAGCUAACCGGAAGAAAACAAAGCGGCGACAAACGAGAGUAAACUGCGGGAAGCGGCGGGUUUGGACGGUUCCCUCCGGGUCCCAUGAGCCAGUAGCCGUGUGGAGUUGGGUGCAGCGCCGCAGGGAGCCGCGGGGUUUGGUACCGGAGCGAAACCCGCGGUGAUGAAGUGAGAGCCGUGAGGAUGGACUGCAGCGCGGCUAGCAGCAUGGUGGCCCACCGAUCCGCAGGGAAGGGGAACUCCAGCUCUGAUGAAGAGGAGUUCGUCCCGCUGUCGAAGCUCCUCAUGAGGCCGCACAGCGAUGACAAGAAGUCAUGUGACAACGCCAACUCCAAGAAGAGCGGAGCUUCAGAAAAUUCAUCAGAUGAUGAGUCGUCAAAAACACCAGCAGCGAAGGAGAAAAAGGAAACUUCUGCCAAAUCUGACGCCUCAGAGGACAGAAACUCCGAUUCCAACGCAGCUGACGACUCUGAUAACGAGCCUCAGGUGAAGACAUCCAAACCUUCAGCCAGAGCAGCGAAGAAGAAAUCAGUCGGCAGGAAGAAGAAAGCUUCAGAUGAUUCCUCGGAUGACGAGUCGCUACAAGAGAAGAAGAAACCAGCAGCAAAAGACAAAAAGGAUUCUUCUCCUCCCAAAUCUGAGGCGUCAGAGGACAGGAAGUCAGAGGACAGGAAGUCAGAGGACAGGAAGUCAGCUGACGACUCGGAUCACGAGCCGCUGGUGAAAACCUCCAAACCUUCAGCCAGAGCAGCGAAGAAGAAACCAGCAGGCAGGAAGAAGAAAGCUUCAGAUGAUUCCUCGGACGACGAGUCGCUACAAGAGGAGAAGAAACCAGCAGCAAAAGACAAAACGGAUUCUUCUCCCAAAUCUGAGGCGUCAGAGGACAGGAAGUCAGAGGACAGGAAGUCAGAGGACAGGAAGUCAGCUGACGACUCGGAUGACGAGCCGCUGGUGAAAAGCUCCAAACCUUCAGCCAGAGCAGCGAAGAAGAAACCAGCAGGCAGGAAGAAGAAAGCGUCAGACGACUCCGACGAGGAGCCGCUGAGCAAGAAGAAGAAACCAGCAGCGAAGGACAGAAAGGAACCUUCUCCUCCCAGAUCUGACGAGUCCGAGGACAGAAACUCUGAUUCAAACGCAGAUGACGACUCUGACUACGAGCCUCGGGUGAAAACCUCCAAACCUUCACCCAGAGCAGCGAAGAAGAAGCCAGCAGGCAGGAAGAAGAAACCGGCGGGCAGGAAGAAGAAAGCUUCAGAUGAUUCCUCGGACGACGAGUCGCUACAGGAGAAGAAGAAACCAGCAGCAAAAGACAAAAAGGAUUCUUCUCCGAAAUCUGAGGCGUCAGAGGACAGGAAGUCAGCUGACGACUCGGAUCACGAGCCGCUGGUGAAAACCUCCAAACCUUCAGCCAGAGCAGCGAAGAAGAAACCAGCAGGCAGGAAGAAGAAAGACGACUCCGACGAGGAGCCGCUGAGCAAGAAGAAGAAACCAGCAGCGAAGGACAGAAAGGAACCUUCUCCUCCCAGAUCUGACGAGUCCGAGGACAGAAACUCUGAUUCAAACGCAGCCGGUGACUCCGACUACGAUCCCCGGUUGAAAACCUCCAAACCUCCAGGCAGAUCAGUGAAGAAGAAGCCAGCAGGCAGGAAGAAGAAAGACGACUCCGACGAGGAGCCGCUGAGCAAGAAGAAGAAACCAGCAGCGAAGGACAGAAAGGAACCUUCUCCUCCCAGAUCUGACGAGUCCGAGGACAGAAACUCUGAUUCAAACGCAGAUGACGACUCUGACUACGAUCAUCAGGUGAAAACCUCCAAACCUUCACCCAGAGCAGCGAAGAAGAAGCCAGCAGGCAGGAAGAAGAAACCGGCGGGCAGGAAGAAGAAAGCGCCGUCAGAGCGCGACGAAAGCUCCGACGACGAGCCAUUGAGCGAAGUUGCUCAGAAACUUCCUGCGAAGAGGAAGAGGAAACCCGUCCAGCUGUUUUCUAAAUCCUCUCCGGUUGUGAAAUCCAAGAGGAACGCCUCCAGGCAGAGCGUGAACUACGCCGAGACGUCCAGCGAGCACAGCUCUGAUGACGAGCGGCUGCUGGUGACCAAGGAGACGACCAACGAUUCAUCAAGGAGAGCGACGGCUUCUAAACGAAAAUCCCUGAAAGACGCUUCGUCCUCCGACGACGGCGGUUCUCCCCGGCGGAAACCGGGUCGGAAAUCCACAAAGAGCAAGAGGCCGCGAGGAAGACCGUCGAAGAAGUCCUCAGGAAACUGGGAUGAUGACGACAGCUCAGAUGAUGAAGCUGCGGCGAAUCGCUCCAACCGGAGAACAAAGAGCAGAACAAAAGCUUCGACCCGGAAACGGAGGAAUCAGAAGCAGAAAACAUGGAAAGACGUUCCGAGCAGCAUUUCAGACGAGGAGGCUGCGAUCCAAACAGCCAGACACGCAGAAGUGACCAGAAAGGUGAAAGUCGCUCUGCAGAGGUGUGAUGCUGAAGACAAAGAUCCCGCUGCAGCCGCCACAAAACCCACAACAGAACAAGAAGAGACCGAAGAAAAAUCGACGGCAGAAAACCCAGAAAAAUCUUCUGAGGAGGAAUAAGAGACAAAACUUUCCCCGAAAACUAGUUAGUCCUGAAUUCAUCUGUAGGUUUUUCUACAUUUUGUUUCACAUUUUUUAGGUUUGGGACCAUCUUUUCCAGGUUCCUGAAAUGUUUUUUUUUCUUAUUUGUGGCUGUUUGCCUGAAGUUCUUUUGGUUUUUAGGAAAUGUUUUUAACCGUGUUGUGAGUCGUCGUCCACUCUGCAUGCAGGUACACACACCUAGCUUAGGAUUUUCAUUUUAUAUCGGUAGGAAAUUAGGUAAAAUCUCUCGUUUAGUGUCAUAAUAAAAUUAUUUAACCACCUCCUAUAAAAAGUGUUUCCCAAAUAUUUCAAGUUUGGGGAAGAAAAUUUGAUUUCUAAAACAUUUUUAUACUUUAAAAGAACUUUGGCAGUUACCGAAUUAUGUGAUGCUUUGGGUAUAAGUGGGUUAAAAUAAGUUUUCUCUUUUUUGGAGGAGAAAUGAUGAUGUUGCAAAUUAUAACUUUGUUUUUCUUUUUUUUUUCACAAUGAUCUUCUGCGGUAUGCUAUAAUAUUUGUCCCGUUUAAGAAAAAUGUUUCAUGUUUAAAAUAUACCUAGUGGUGUGUUCCUUGAUGUUAAAAUGUGCAGGUUUUCUGUAUGUUAAUAUUAAAAUUUGCUACAUUA